AUGGCUGUAGAACACAAAACAAAUGUGAGAGUUCUAAUGUUCCCAUACUUAGCUUAUGGCCAUAUCACACCUUUCUUUGAGUUAGCCAAAAAACUCUCAGAUAGAGGCUUUUCUAUUGAUUUGUGUUCAACUCCCAUUAAUCUUAGUUUGAUCAAGAAAAAGAUUACACAAAAGUACUCUUGUUCAAUUCAUCUAGUGGAAUUUCAUUUGCCAAACUUGCCUGAACUUCCUCCUCAUUACCACACAACAAAUGGCCUCCCUAUCCAUCUUCAAUCUACUCUUUACAAAGCCAUCACAAUGUCAAAACCACAAUUUUACGAAAUCCUUAAAGAUCAAAAACCGAAUGUUUUAGUACAUGAUGUAAUGCAACCAUGGGCAGCAGGGGUUGCAUCUAGUCUCAAUAUCCCAUCAAUUAAAUUUUGCCUUACAAGUAUAACUAUGUGUUGUUAUUUUGGUCAUUUUUUUCUUAAACCAGGGGUGGAAUUUCCUUUCCCCGCGCUCUAUCUCAAGGAUUAUGAGCGAGAGAUAACGCGUCCCUAUGACGUUGAAGUGAAGGAAGAAUUAGGCGAAAACAGAGCAAUCAUGCUGGUGAAUAGCUCUAGAGCAAUAGAUGGAAAGUACAUGGAUUAUCUUUCGGAAAUUGGAAAAACAGAGAUCUUACCUACUGGAGUAGUUAUUCAAGAUAUCGCGAUCAAUGAAGAACAGAUGGAAAUAAUUAAAUGGCUUGGGAAUAAAAAGGAGAAUUCAACUGUGUAUGUUUCAUUUGGGAGUGAGAAUUUCUUAACAAAGGAAGAAAUGGAAGAGGUAGCUUAUGGAUUAGAGCUUAGCAAUGUUCAUUUCAUAUGGGUUGUAAGGUUUCCAAAAGAAGAACAAGUCGUAAGCCUUGAAGACGUACUUCCUCAAGGUUUUCUUCAAAGAAAUAUCGGAGAAAAGGGAAGGAUAAUUGAAUGUUGGGCUCCUCAGACAACAAUUCUAAAGCAUCCAAGUAUUGGCGCAUUUUUAACUCACUGUGGUUGGAAUUCGACUCUUGAAUGCAUAGAGUUUGGUGUCCCAAUCAUAGCUUUGCCUAUGAACUUUUACUCUGAUCAGCCUCUGAAUGCUAGAUUGAUUGUGGAAAAUGGUGUAGCUGUUGAGAUGGCUAGAGAUGGAAAUGGGAAGAUUCAUAGAGGUAAUGUAGCUGAGACUAUCAAAAAUGUGUUUUUUGGUGAAAAAAAUACUGGGGAGGAUUUGAGGAGGAAGGUGAAAGGUCUUCGCGAAAAUAUAAAAUUGCUAAGAGAGGAAGAGAUGGAUGGAGUUGUUAAGGUGUUAAAACAGAUUUGUGAGAAGAAUCAGCAUGCUUGA